UGGCGACCGCGGUGAAAUCAGUAACGGAGAAAGUUUACAACGAGACUGGCCUGUACUAAGUGCGUGUAGCUUCGAGCCCUCGACCCCCCCGGCGUGCCAACUCCCGCUUACGAGUCGGAAGCUCAGCCCCAAAGGCCCUCCCUCUCCCCUGCGGGUCCCAGAGCAGUUUCCCAGGGUUGAGAGCGUCGGUGGCGGCGGCCGAGUCAGAUAACUAUAAACAAAAUUCCACCUCAGAAAAUGUUGGAAUAGCAGUUGCAAGACACAUUGGAUUUGCUGGAUGAAAUACAGUUAAUUUUUGUAACGUACAGCGAAAGCCCAAAUUGUCAGAUUACAUGUGUAAAUCACUGCGUUACUGCUUUAGUCAUUGUCUCUAUUUAGCAAUGACAAGACUGGAAGAAGUAAACAGAGAAGUGAACAUGCAUUCUUCAGUGCGUUAUCUUGGCUAUUUAGCCAGAAUCAAUUUAUUGGUUGCUAUAUGCUUAGGUCUUUACGUAAGAUGGGAAAAAACAGCAAAUUCCUUAAUUUUGGUAAUUUUUAUUCUUGGUCUUUUUGUUCUUGGAAUUGCCAGCAUACUUUAUUACUAUUUUUCAAUGGAAGCAGCAAGUUUAAGUCUCUCCAAUCUUUGGUUUGGAUUUUUGCUUGGCCUGCUAUGUUUUCUUGAUAAUUCGUUCUUUAAAAAUGAUGUGAAAGAAGAAUCAACCAAAUACUUGCUUUUAGCUUCCAUUGUAUUAAGGAUAUUGUGUGCUUUGGUGGAGAGGAUAUCUGGUUAUGUGCGUCACCGACCUACUUUACUAACUACGGUUGAAUUUCUGGAACUUGUUGGUUUUGCCAUUGCCAGCACAAUUAUGUUGGUGGAGAAGUCUGUGAGUGUCAUUUUACUGGUUGUAGCUUUGGCACUGUUAAUCAUUGACCUAAGAAUGAAAUCUUUCUUAGCUAUUCCAAACUUAGUUAUUUUUGCAGUCUUGUUAUUUUUCUCCUCAUUGGAAACUCCUAAAAAUCCAGUUGCCUUUGCGUGUUUUUUUAUUUGUCUGACAAUUGACCCGUUCCUGGAUAUUUAUUUUAGUGGACUUUCAGUGACUGAAAGGUGGAAACCGUUUUUGUACCGUGGAAGAAUUUGCAGAAGACUUUCUGUUAUUUUCACUGGAAUGAUUGAGCUUACAUUUUUUAUUCUCUCAGCAUUUAAACUUAGAGAUACUCACCUCUGGUAUUUUGUAAUACCAGGCUUUUCCAUUUUUGGAAUUUUCUGGAUGAUUUGUCAUAUUAUUUUCCUUUUAACUCUGUGGGGAUUCCAUACCAAGUUAAAUGACUGCCAUAAAGUAUAUUGUACCCACAGGAUAGAUAACAAUAGUCUUGACAGAAUCAUGGCAUCCAAAGGGAUGCGUCAUUUUUGCUUAAUUUCACAGCAGUUGGUGUUUUUUAGUCUUCUUGCAACAGCGAUUUUGGGAGCAGUUUCCUGGCAGCCAGCAAAUGGAGUAUUCUUGAGUAUGUUUCUAAUUGUUUUGCCAUUGGAAUCCAUGGCUCAUGGACUCUUCCAUGAAUUGGGUAAUUGUUUAGGAGGAACAUCUGUUGGAUAUGCUAUUGUGAUUCCCACUAACUUCUGCAGUCCUGAUGGUCAGCCAACACUUCUUCCACCAGAACAUGUACAGGACUUAAAUUUAAGGUCGACUGGCAUGCUCAAUGCCAUCCAAAGAUUUUUUGCUUAUCAUAUGAUUGAGACCUAUGGAUGUGACUAUUCCACAAGUGGACUGUCUCUUGAUACUCUACAUUCCAAACUGAAAGCUUUCCUGGAACUUCGAACUGUGGAUGGACCAAGACAUGACACAUAUGUUUUAUAUUACAGUGGGCACACCCAUGGGACAGGAGAAUGGGCCCUUGCAGGUGGAGACAUUCUACGCCUUGACACCCUUCUAGAAUGGUGGAGAGAAAAGAAUGGUUCCUUCUGUUCCCGACUUAUCAUUGUGCUAGACAGUGAGAAUUCAACCCCCUGGGUGAAGGAAGUGAGAAAAAUCAAUGACCAGUAUAUUGCAGUUCAAGGAGCAGAGAUGACAAAGACAGUAGACAUUGAAGAAGCUGACCCACCACAGCUUGGUGACUUCACAAAAGACUGGGUAGACUACAACUGCAACUCCAACAGUAACAUCUGUUGGACUGAAAAGGGGCGUACAGUGAAAGCAGUAUAUGGUGUGUCAAAACGGUGGAGUGACUACACUUUACACUUGCCAACAGGAAGUGACGUGGCCAAGCAUUGGAUGUUACAUUUUCCUCGUAUUACGUAUCCAGUAGUGCAUUUGGCAAAUUGGUUGUGUGGUCUGAACCUUUUUUGGAUCUGCAAAACUUGUUUUAGGUGCUUGAAAAGAUUAAAAAUGAGUUGGUUUCUUCCUACUGUGCUGGACACAGGACAAGGUUUCAAACUUGUCAAAUCAUAACUUGGAACCCAAAGUAAAAUACUGAGUUUAUACUACCAGUUAUCACUAACUUGCCAUUUUUGUAUAUUAUAUUUUUAUUUGUGGAAAAUACCUUGCUACUUCUGUGGCUGCUCACUUUAUUGUUCUUUAUUGUUCUCAAGUAAUUAUGGUAUAUGUAAGGUGUUGGGAGUAAGCAUUAGUUUAUACUUAAUAAAAUAGGUAGGCAGUCAAAUUUGACUCUGUAAAUAAGAGAUUAAAAAUAACAAUGCACUUUGAGGAAUGUUUGCAUCUGCCUCUGGUUAAAAAGGAAAUACUUGAUGUUCUGCAGUGGCCAAUGAAGAAAUAAUGCCUUAUUUUCUAGGCAUAUACUAGAGAAUAUAGACCAAUGUUUUAAUAGAAGACAACCACCCAUUUGCUUACAGAAGAUUUUUUGUGAAUAGUUUGAGUUCAAGACCAGCUCUAGAAUUAGACACCUGCUUAGAAGAAAAGAAAGAAGUCUGCCUGAAGUGAAUGCAAAAUCUGCUCAUAGUCCAUUCCAUUCAGAUGUGUUGGUUAUGACCUGUUACCAGUGUACCAGAGAACCCCCAACUACUGUUUAGAUCAAAGUAUUCUUUUAUAAGUAACUGUAGAAGACCAGAGCCUCCAAGUUACUCUACCAGACAUUGUUAGGGGCCUUUCAAAGCACUGGCAAUUUUAAAUCUUUCUCAGGGUAACUUAAUGUUUUUUAGUGAACAGUGUUUUCACCAAUAAAUUCCUUCUGAAUAAAUUACCUUUUCAAGAAAUCCUGUUGAAGAAAAUUAGCAAUAUUUUGUUUAUAGGCUGUUUUUCAGUAUUCAAAAAUGAUUUUGACCCCUGUAGAUUAAUGCUGUGCCAUAAAAAUUACUUUUCAAAUCCUCAGUAAUGACUUUUUCCCACAGAAGGUCAUAGAGUUGCAAACAGGUUUUUUUUAAUACAGGUAAUGUAAUACAUUUUUUAAGUUCAUAAUGCCUUAUGUAAGAAGGUAUUCAUUGGCAAUUUAAGCAUAAUGGUAUGGUUGUAAUUUUUAAACUUUAUUCAGUGUUUUGUCCGAAUAAAAUAGGCACUGAUCAAUGUAUCUCCCAAGAGGUCAUGUACCUCCUCUUCCCUUCAGUAAUUCUUAAGUUCUAAACUUUGAUUUCUGAGAAAUAACAAUCUUGAUUUCUGGGAAAUAAGAGGGGAACAGAAUUAAGUUGGGGGAUAAUCUGAGCUUUGUUCUUUAACUGGUGUGACUUCUCACCAUUGAAACCAUUUUAACCCAGCCUUAGUGAGAAAAUAAUGCCUCUGCCACUUUCUACCUGGUGACUUGAAAAUUAAAGUUUCAGUUUGGAAGAAGUCACUUAGAUCAGGGAACUUAUAUACCACUAUCUAUGCAGCAUCAGAUUUGUGUUUUGAAAAUGAUUUUCCUAAUGCUUUGAGUAAGAUGUUGACUUUCCAUGUUAAGGUUCAAAUAACAAUUGAAUAUUUUAUUGUAUUAAAAGAUACAGAAAAAUA